GGCUGAUGGAGAUAGUGAGCGAGCCCCGUCUGUAUUUGGGUUCUUGGUUGUUACACACGCGUGUCGUCAGAUUUGAUUCAGAAAUAUGCUUUGCUGACGCUUGUAUUAGACCACCAUCAGACAAGUCCUUCAACAUCAACUGAAAGACAUGGACGACCCUUCAGCUCAGUUUCAACACGAGGAUUUGAUUGAUAUUUUAUGGAGGCAGGAUGUCGAUUUGGGGGUGAAGCGAGAGAUCUUUGAUGGAUGUCUUCGGCAGAGAGAGGAGAUCACGAGAGCAAGAGAAAGAGAGUUAAAAAGAGAGCGAGAGCUUGAAAGGAUAAUGCAAAGAUUACAGAAACUAGACAAGGAAACUGGAGAGUUUUUGCCUAGUCCUUCAUCUGUGAACUCCCAGGCUGUGCCCUUCUCAGAGACAUUGCAUUCUACAGAGUUUACUCAGCGUUCACCUGUUACCCAGAAUCCUCUGCUGUCUGCACUGCUAUUCUCUCAGAAGUCUCAGAAGCCUCCUUCUCAAGAGCAGGCUUUUAGCGAACUGCUGUCACUGCCAGACUUACAGUAUUAUUUGGAUGUCCUGGAGUCUGAUGGCUCAAGCAUGCCCCUAGAGGAUAUCACCGAAAUCUGCCACCAGAACCUGCCCGAGCCACAGAAGGAAAACUCAACAGAUGCAUUAUGUGGCGUCACACAGACAAUAUCAGACUCUUUUGAGGUUGCUCAGCCUUUGUCAUGCAUGCCCUCUGAUCCCAUAGAGAUCCUGGAAACAUGCAUAAAGACAUUCUCAGAUCCAGGAAAUCCUACACCUUCACCUUCAAACACAAUUUACAGCUGCAGUACCCCUGAGAAUCAUGUGAUUUUACCUAAAUGCCACAUAAACUCCAGCGAUUCAACCCUCAGUGAGUUUUGCCCAUAUACCAUCAAUACCAGUAAACCUGAACAAUUAAAUCAUGCACCUGGAAGGGACGCUUCACAAACGCAUUUAAAAUUUGAGGAGCGCCACAUUCUGCUGGGGUUUGAUGACUCUGCUUCUGUUGGCUCUGUGGAUUUAGAGACGUCCCUUUAUGCUGCUGACACCUUAAGUAUAAGCCAGUCAGACAAGGAUGAGCUGGAGAGCAUCCACUCAGAUUACACCGAUCUGCUGCCUUUAUCUCUACACUCUGAUGCUGUGGAGGCAACGCUGUAUGAAACUGUUACGUCUGCACAACACCAAACUCAAAAUGAAUCAUCACCUAAAAAUUCACCUCAAGCAAAUCCCUUAACCACAAGCAGAGCUGCAGGUGUCCGGCGCGUAUGUCGUGAUGAACGGCGGGCCCAAGCCAUGAGUUUGCCGCUUAGUGUGCAUGACAUCGUCAACCUGCCUGUGGAAGCAUUUAAUGAAGCCAUCAACUCUUACAAACUCAGCAACGCUCAACAUACCCUCAUCAGAGACAUUCGAAGACGUGGUAAAAACAAGAUGGCAGCCCAGAGCUGUCGCAAACGAAAGCUGGAUAAUUUCAUUGAUCUCGAAGACGAGAUUGAGGGGCUGAAGAGAGAGAAGGAGCAAAUCAAGGAAGAAAAUGAGAGGAACGCUAGAGAACUUCAAGAGAAGAAAGAGAAGCUCAGGAAACUUUACAAUGAGGUGUUCAGACGGCUGAGAGAUGAACAUGGAAACUCCUACAACCCUAGAGAGUACAAACUACAGCACAGCACUGACGGCACGGUUUACCUGCUGCCACGUGGCACAGCCAACAAGACAAAUACGCCAACAGAGGAUUUACCUUUGCUUUAUAACAAACCUGAAGUACAGCAAAGCUCUUUUGGUGUUUGUAACUUUACACACAGCAGGGACUUUCGUUUUGGGAUGUUGUGGUCUUGAGGAAUCACAAUGUUUGUGUCUGGCAUUCACAUUCAUCUCCUAUUGAUUCUGUCAAGGGAGGUUGCUUGAGUGAGUUACAUUAGAAUCACCCCCCAGCCGCUGUUUUCAGUCAUGCAGUACAGCUACUGUCUACUUGAAUAGGGAAAGAAUUAAAUCGCCAAAAUUGUUGUCAAUGUUACAUUUAAAUGACAAUAAAAUCAAACAGCUAUGGUAUUAUAAAUUUUAGCUUAAAUCAUGAGGCUGUUCCAGUCAAUGCAAAUAUAUACAUAUAUACUGUAUAUGUACGUAUAUACUGUGUAUGUGUGUAUAUACACACACAGCUGUUCAAAAGUUAGGUGUUGUUAAGGUUUUUUUAAAGUCAACUUUUUAAAACUCUUUUGAUCAAACAUGUAUUAGAAACAGUAACAACUAUGAAAUAUUGAAUUAUAUUUUAAUAUAUUUAAAAAUUUAAUUUUUUUUAGUAAUGGCAACACUGAAUUUUCAGCAGCCAUUACUACAAGCAUUAAGCAUCACAUGAUGCUUUAGAAAUCAAUCUAAUAUGCUGAUUUGGUGAUUAAGAAACAUGUGUAGUUAUUAUCAAGGCUGAAAAAAAAAUGUGUUGCUUAAUACUUUUAUAGAAACAAUGAUACUUUUUUCUCAGAAUUAUUUGAUGAAUAGAAAGUUGAAAUAGAUUUCACUUUUGAUCAGGUUAAGUCAUCCUUGCUGAAUUAUCACAAAUUUCUCUUUUACUGACCCAAAAACUUUUGAACAGUACAGUAUACUCUAUAGAAACUAUAGAAAAUAUAUGUGUGUAGACUUAUGUAUAUUCAUCUCCCACACAAGUUUGGAAAUUAUUAUUAUAGAUUAUUUAUAGACAAUGAAAUAUUCAUGCUAUAUGUAGUUGGAAACUGUAAGAUUUCUUGGAGGGCUGUCUAAAAUACAUAUUCAGAUGGAAAAAAGAUUUUAUGCAUGUACUGUGUAUCUGCAACAGACAAUCUGUUUUAUGAAUACUUGUGUGUUCUAAUAAGCAAGUUUAACCACAUUAUUUUGUAUUCAAAUACCGUAAGAUUGUCAUGUAGUUCCAAUGUAUUUAAAUCCAAUAAAAAAAUGAUUAAAAGCUAAAUACAAUAACA